AUGUCUACAUACUUCCCGAAGAGCCUGAAAAAUAAGGCUAAAAGCACGUUACCUGUAGUAAAGCAAUCGUUGCUGCUACCUCGCCUGCGCCCGGCUAAGUCGCUGUAUGAUACUGCAAAUGUACACCCUGUGUUAAGCAGGGGUUAUCCGGUGUUCGACACCAUUUUCGACACCCUAAAUGACAAGGCCAGCGGGCUGCGCAAGUACAAACCGAAACAGGAGCGUCCUGUUGUGCGGACAGACUACAAUGCUGACAAUAUGCACGAGAUGAACCAUAGGUUCAGGUUCAAGCUGGCGGGCACGUUUAAUGGUGAGGUUGGUAUGGCAGUAAUAUAUCGUUCGGCAGCGAAAAGCUUCGAAAGCGAGCUCGAGUCGCACUGCAACCAGCUGUUUCUGGUUGGCUGGAUAAAGUGCCGACGCUACUUCGCCAUCGGCCACUUGCAGGGCAACGUCAUCGCAACGAGCUACAUGAAGCGCUGGAUGCAAAUAUCCGGUGCGAAGAGUGCGCAUUUUAAUAGUGCCGUAUUUUUCGACGAAAAUUAUGCGAUACCCAAGUUGGACUACCAGGAGCUUACGGUGGUGCGCGACUACCGCAAACCCCAAAAGAAGGCCCAGCACCAGCGUGCGGUUGAGGAGCGCCGCGGGGUGCACGGACUACUGGCAUAG